GCCACAGUGUUUUGCGCACAGACUCGGUGCGGAGAAGUUCAAGAAUGUUACCACGGAGUCCAUCAUUCCUGCAUCGGCUCUGCAUUACUGCACAUCUCUGCAUCAUUAUUAUUAUUAUUAAUCAUUAUUAAUACAGUCUACGCGCUUUUCGUUUUCUUUUCUUUUUUCCCCCUUUCUUUCUUCCUUUUUUUUUUUUUUUUUUGGGAAAAGUCAAGCGUAUCUGAAUCAUUUACAGACAGUAUUUUUUUUUGCUCAGUCCAAGCCAAGUGUAAGAUUAUAACCUUCUAGUUUGGAUUUUUUUAAUUAUUAGUCAUUUAAUUUCUUAUCAUAUAAACCAGCCUGGAUUCGAAUCUGGAUUCGGUCAAAAUGAAUGAAAGUGGCACAGUGUGGGAGUGGGCGAGAGCUCCAGCAGGUUCUUCAUUCAACCUGUCCAGCGUGGAAACCAACGGCACCUCUAGCAAUGCGUCAGUAUUAACCAAACUUCAAGCCACAAAAUCUAAAGAAAUGUACUCUCUGCGGAUCCUCCUCUACUCUCUGAUCUUCCUCCUGAGUGUGUUUGGCAACCUGCUGAUCAUCGUGGUGCUGGUGGUGAACAAGCGCAUGCGCACCGUCACAAACUCCUUCCUACUCUCGUUAGCCGUCAGUGACCUCAUGAUGGCCGUCUUCUGCAUGCCAUUUACCCUCAUCCCUAAUUUGCUGGAGGACUUCAUUUUUGGAGCCGCCAUGUGCAAGACCGUUACCUAUUUCAUGGGUAUCUCCGUCAGCAUUUCCACCUUCAGCCUGGUUGCCAUAGCGAUCGAGAGGUACAGCGCCAUCUGCAACCCGCUGAAGUCACGCGCAUGGCAGACCCGUUCCCAUGCUUACAAAGUCAUCGCUGUUACCUGGGUGCUGUCGUUGGGCAUCAUGGUACCGUAUCCGAUCUUCAGCACUCUGGUGCCCUUCCCCAAAUCCAACAACAUCACUGCUCACAUGUGUCGCCCAGAUUGGCGUAUAAGCCAAAUGGAACAGAUUUGGUACGUCUUGUUGCUUUUUUUUCUGUUCUUCAUCCCGGGUGUGGUAAUGAUCAUUGCCUAUGGCCUCAUCUCCAGAGAGCUCUACCGUGGGAUUCAGUUCGAGCUAGAGCAGAAGAAUGACUGUAGAGUGAUGAAGAAUGGCAUGAAUGACACCGUAUCCCACGGUCAUGACGACAGUGAUGGCUGCUACAUUCAGGUUUCCAAGAAACCCCCAGCCAUGGAACUUUCCGCCAUCAGUAGCUCCCCCUCCUCUAAGCAUAACAUGCCACGCAGCAACACCUCUGAAGCCAAACUCCUGGCCAAGAAGCGUGUGAUCCGUAUGUUAAUCAUCAUUGUAGCUAUGUUCUUUAUCUGCUGGAUGCCACUGUACACCGCGAACACAUGGAAGGCCUUUGACCAGCUCUCAGCCAAACGGGCUCUCUCUGGCGCUCCUAUUUCCUUCAUCCAGCUCCUGUCUUAUACAUCGGCCUGCGUCAACCCCAUCAUCUACUGCUUUAUGAACGUGCGCUUUCGCAAGGCACUGCUGGCCACCUUCGCCUGCUGCACCCUGCCGUUUCUCAAUUGCUGGAGGAGGGAAGGUGAUGAAGAGGUUACCGGGGUCACCGCUGCAUCCAUGUCUAAAUUUAGCUACACCACUGUUAGCACAGUAGGGCCAUGUUAGCUUGGAAUCCAGAGGUUGUCCGGAUCUAGUUUUCUGUUUUUGUCUUAAGGGUCUUCAAGAGUAUUUUGGUAAUUGCGAAUUGUUCCUCUUUUUGUCGUGCUGAUGUAUUAAUUUUCGGGCAAACGACAACGUUCAAGGUAUCACCAGUGAUGAGUAAACAGCAUUGAUACUGAUCCCCAGAGAAAAUAUUUGAGCAUGUUCUUCUAAAAUACUAUGGACAAUUGUAAAAAAAAAAGAAAAGAAAAGAAAAAAAGCAGAUAUCUGCUAAGAAUAUAUCACAGACUGUGCCUGUGCUGUAUAGAAAAUUAUGUAAAUAUUCGAUCACUGAAAUACGUAUACUGCAUGAAACAAUCUAUCAGUUUGUUUAUUUGUCUUGCCUUAGGUCAACUUACUAAUGGCUACAAAAUGGUACAGUCAUUCAUGAAUAGAAGAUUAGGGACAUGCUGUUGGUUUUGUCCUCAUCAUUAAUGGUUUCAAUGUGUGUUUCUAUUCCAAGUUUUGCACUCGUUUUAACAACAAACCAAGGAACCAAAUUCUGCGACGCACUUCAUUACAAGCAUACAUUCCUUAGGGAGAUUAUGUGUUUUUAUUACCAAAUGCUUAUCGUUGAUUCAUAUAUCUCAACUUGCUGUCAGCAAGGCGGUACUUAUGACCAAUCCACUGUUCUACAUUGCUGUUUUUAUAGGCAGUAAAGAAUUUAUCUCAGUAGCUCAUUCUGUUGCAGCAAAUUUUGCUUUGUGGUUGACAUCGCUGAAGCUUAAGUAGUAUUCUAAACAGCAGAAGGGUGUUUUUUUUGGCAGUGUACCAGCAUGCAUACAGAUGUGUAAGAACACACUCCAAACCCCCCUAAAAACAUGCUAGUUGUCUUAAUUGCUUUCUCGCUCAUUGCAAGCUGAUGAGGCGUUCUUGCAAAGCUCCUCUGAAUAUAUAAACUGUAAUCUCAGCCCUGCUUUGUAGUAAGUUCUGUACAAAUUAUUUACACGAAUACCUAUAAAUUCUGCUCAGCCUUGAUUGUGAAGAAGGUAAAUGCAGUGGUUAGAUUUGGUUCAGAUACAUAAAGACAUACUUAACUGAAAGCUCUUUUUAUAAACCUAUGCUUUAACAUGAUUUACCGAAAAAAGUGACAUACAACAUAACAUAACAAAUUAUAAGGAAUAGAAAAGCAUGAUGCCAUUACUGCCCCAAUCCUAUGAAAUCCUUAAUAUAUGAUUUAGCUUUGAACUUAUGCCACUGUAACUGCUAACAAAUUUAAAUGAUUAAAAAAAGAACACGAUAUGUCAGUAGAAACAAAUGAUGAUGAUAAUUGUGAUUAAUUAUUAAACAUAAAGCUAUAGGCUUCAAAUCUGACUUUAAUUGUAGAUCCUUCAAAAAAAGGUAGAAUCGCAUCACCUCAUAAUAAUAUAAUUAUUAAACGUUAUAACAUCAACAACAACAAAAAAACUGGAAUGAUAGAAUUAUUAAUAAAUCAAUAUUAAACCUGUCAUGCUUUCCCUCAGAGCUGGAUCUACUUGUCAGUAGUGUCAAUAAAGCAACACUUUUUAACCAAUCAGAUUUCAGAAUGGAUUAAUUUGGAAUUAGAAGUAAAAUAACGAGCUUUAGGGGCCAGACAAUUAAAAUGCUUAUUUUAGUUUAAACUGAUUUUGGUUAUUAACACUGCAAUAUAAUGUUAAUCACAGAUGAAAGUGUUCUCUCUAUGUCUCUCUAUUCCUCAUUAGUCCAUACAUUACACCCAUACUAUACUGUAUGUCCAUACCCCUUUUAUUUUUAUUCUACAUUUUUAUCUGUAGCACCCCUACCCCACUCCCCACUGUUUUAUGAACCAUUCUUAUAUGUUCCAAAUAAUAUCAUGCCCAGGAGCCUUAGGGCUAAAACACAAGCAAUGUUUCUCAGUAUGACAGGCUGUCUGUUGGUAAAGCAGGUGCUGUUAUUUUUCCAAAGUUGCCAGCUUUGUGACAUGACAAAGUUUGUUCUGGUCCUUUGAAAGCUCUGAGCAAUGUUUUGAUCAUGGAACGGCACAUUAAACAGGCAAGCUACCCUCUCACUCUGCUGUGACAAAUCUAAACUUCUGUUUCCAAGACUACCAUUCCAUUUCAUGCAAGCCUUGACAGAGAUCAAACAUAGCUUCAAGUAGCAAAUAGGGUUUCAACCUGAAAUCACAGAGCCGAGCCCUGCGUUUUUUAUUGAAUGAAUAAAUCAUAAGAAAUCCUACUGGAAAUGACACAAGGAGGAGCAACAAACCGGCAAAUCUAAUAAUCAACUAUCCUGCACUUUUUAGCUUAGACUGAUCAGUGAUUGCAUUAAUGAGGCAGAUGAAAAAUAAAUUCAUGUUAUUCUCAAACUGCUUUGGAUAACUGUAUAAGUUAAUAAUUGCUCACAGACCUUUCUCCAAUGUGUCAAUUAACUAGAAGGCAAAAAAAACGAACUGGAAAACUGUAUAAUCUGUAACUGUAUAAUGAAAAUCAAAAACUAUAAUAAACAACUAUGAACACAUGAAAAGAAUUUACUGCAAAGAAUGACACAAUAGGGUAUACACAGAUAAACUAAUCAAGGGCACUAAACAGGUGAGCACAACCAGGUAACAAAUCCAUAAACCCAUAAAUACCUAUAUUGGGAAUAGAACUAGAACAGAAAAACUCAAACUGUUUUGACAGAAAACAAAAUGAAAAAAUUGUGACAAUCAGUUAAAUGCAAAGACAACAGAAAACAUGUUAAAAAAACAAACAAAAACAUUAGAUCUUGCUUAAUAAUGAAUGCAUGAGGACAUUUUGCACUCGUUCACCUUCAUUUGUAGGAAAAUUAUUAGCAUCAUUGAAAUUUCUGCUUGCUAUUUGUACAUAUACAGUAAGUCAGUUCAUGCACCUAAUUACUAUGAACAUGUGCCUUCAUGAGUGUAUUAACUCCAGAUAGUAGAAAAUGUCCAGCCCAAUAUUGAAACAUUUAAAACCAUACUGACGCACCAUUAAGCAGUCACAUUGUUCAUUUUCCACUAAGUUUUACUGUAUAUCAUGCCUGAUAUGAUCUAAUCAAGCUUGAGUUGUGGCUGUCGUCUGGCAGUGGGUUAAAUGCGUCAUAGCACAGGUCAUGUGUCAGAUGAAGAUGGUGAGUGUGGGCUGGCACUGAGUCAUUUCAUUUUCCUCUUUUGGAUACGUAUAAUGGGCUGUAAAUCUGUAAAUUAAUAAGACAUGGCAAGAGAUAAAACUUCUUCAAAUGACGCAGAGGUCUGAUGUUUCUUAUACGACUAUAAGAAGCACCUGGAUUAUCUGAUGAGAUAGACUUAAAACACAUUCUGGCAUAGAAAAAUAACAGUUUGAAUUAAUAGUGUAAUAUGUAUCAAAUGCUGUAAAUUAAGCGUUAGUACAGUACAUGGAAAAAACACUGAAAAUACAGUACAGUGCCUGUUAAAAUACUUUAGACACAUAAAUGUUCCUUUUAUUUAGUAUUUUACAAACUCAAUAGUAUAAAGAUUUACAUUGACCAUUCAGCUGGAAUACUUUGCUAUAUCUGUUGAAGCUCUUGCUAAAGGUUUCUUUUCUAGUUUGAGAUUACGUUCUGACAUUGCGCUCCAGUUCAUUCAAGAGCAGUUCAAUUGGAUUGACUUUACAUGAGACAGUCUGCUAAUAUUGUCUCUCCUGCCAUCUAUCUUACAUAAGCUUUCAUGUUAGUGCCAUAAAUGUCAAAUUUGGACUCUGUUCAAUUCACUGUUCAAUUCUUGUCUGUUUUUGUAUCUAGUUUGUUGUAUAUAAACAAAAGGAACAUGCAUGUGUCUCAAAAAUAAUUCAAACAUUCCAAUCCAUUUGAUAACUAUUGCAUUUAACAUAAUGAAUUGAAAUGUUAAGAAUAUUGCUAUUGUUGUGACACAUUUAAUAUCUAUUUCACAGAAUAGUUCCUGAUUUCCUUAAAGAGACACUCAAUCCUUUUUAUGCCAAAAGCUGUUUGUUGUUGAAGUUUAGUUUAGUUUAAAAGUUACAAUGCUGGAAAUGGGAAUCCUGUAGCUACCAGUUUAGCACUGUGUAAUUUGCAUGCCUGAAGCGUCAAGUAAACUGUUCCUUUAAAUGUUUUUUGGUUUUAUAGCUAGAUUUGAUUUGAUUUCAGUUGGAUUCAUAGCUAAAUGUCACCAAUGGAAAAAUAGUUUUAAUACUGUGUGAAAGGUGAAUAGGCUAUAAAUAAUUUAUUAUGAGCUUUUUGUUUAUUUAUAGUGUUUGACUCUGGAGGAAAAAAAAUUUGUUAUGUGUCUAAACGUACAAAGAUUAAUCAGCUAUAGAGGGACAGUGCAACUAUUUUGUCAUUGUGUAGUGGCAUCCAAAUGUUCAUACAAUGACACUGGGAGUUUUAAAAGUUUAUUUGGCUGAAACACCAGAGUCUCUCGGCCACCGUAGCCUUAACAGAGUGAAUGUGUGUGUUAAUGUGUAUGUGUGUGUGUGUGUGUGUGUGUGUGUUCCCUGGUUGUUCAGCUCAUUAAUUGUGAUUUAAAAGAUCAUUUAAUGUUAGCUAGUAUUCAUUUGUUCAUGCUGUAUGUGAUCUGUGUUUUACCAUUUUUAAGUGGUAUAAAACGUGAAAUUGCUCCCUGGGCCUUUACAUCUGCUUUAAUCCAUACUUUGAGUCUUAGUGAUUAAUAUCAGUCUGGUUUGUUGUGACCGAGGAAAACGAGAAUAUUUUUCUCCAGGUGAUGACAGCCAAUCCUAUUUAGUAAUUCAAUAGUCCUCAAGAGGAAACGCGCCAUAAUGAAAGGUUGUUACGCGGAUAAAAAAUGCGCUGCUUGGUUGUUUGCGAGUAAUCCAUUCUCAUUAAACAUCGCUGACUUGAUUUGUAGCUUAUGCAGCAAUAGACAAAGAAUCGCAUGGGUAAUUGUUGAUCGUGUGAUUUGUCAAUUGACUCCUCACUCUCUGUACUAUGAGUCGAACCAAUAAGUCAUCACCUGCUUGGGUUAACAUAUUCCCUGCAGUAUUGCAUGCUGGGUAGGGUUCUGAAUACUGGUGACACUUUAUGUUUUACAAAACAAAUAAUGGAAAUAUAUUAGAUCAUAUCUUGCUAAACAAACAGGAUUUACAUAAUGAAUAGGGAUAUGAUCAUGUGACAUUAUUGUGUUUUAUAACUUUCACUCUUUUUUUUGGAUCAUUUAUUGUUUAUUAAAGAAAUAGACAAUGUACUUUUGUGCUUUGUAUGUAUUGUAACUGCCACUCUGAGCAACAAUUGUGUGACAGUUAGUGUCAAAAGCCUCUCUACUGCAUUUGAGGAGGAAAAAUUAGCAGCUUUUUUUUUGUAGUGUAAAAUGUUGAAACAAUGUUGGAGCCAUGCUCAAAUAACAAAUGUCAAAUAAAGCAUGUCGGAUUCUGCAA